AUGAGACUUGAAACAGUUUUGAAACUUCUUCCUUGCGUUGUGUUUUUACUUUCUAACGCAAUGCACGCUCAAACAGUACUCCCUCCGGAGUGUACGCCGGGCGGCCACUCUGUCCUCCAGGACCCCUACCGCAGCACCGCCUUCAGCUCCAGCUGGCUGCAGCAGUCGGCCCUGCAGGACUUCAUCUGCGACCACUCCCUCACUCCGGGCUGGUACCAGUUUCAGAUCUUUGACAAGCCGGCCAGCAUGCCCACCCAGUGUGUGGAGGUGAACCACUGUGGGACUCAGGCUCCUGUGUGGCUGUCCCUGGCUGAGGGUGAGUCCCUGCCGGGGCCCCUGGAGGCCAGGAAGCUGACGGCCUGCGCUGCCUGGCAGCUCUUCCCCAGUGUCAGCAAAGACUGCUGCAUGUUCCGCAUCCCUGUCACCGUCCGCAACUGUGGAGACUUCUUUGUUUACCUGCUCCAGCCUACGCAGGGGUGCAUGGCAUACUGCGCUCAGGAGAUGUCAGACAUGUCACCCACAGUGUCCCUGAGCUGUGGCCCUGACGAGGUGAACAUCGAUGGAACAUGUAAAACAAAGCAGCCGCCCACUCCGUCUACACCAGUGAUCCUCCCAGAGGUGACAGGAAACUCUGUCUACCUGAAGUGCAGCUUUGGCAGCAGCUCCAACAGCUCCCUGGGUUACGUUGUGGCCUGGUCCCGCCUCUCACCUGACGGCAUGAAGGAGGAGCUCAAACAGGAGACCACCAUCCAGACCUCCGCCCUCAUCGAGCUGGAUGGCUUCAACCUCCGUCUAGGGGACAAGAUUUACUGCUCCAGCUCCAGUUUCUUCUUGGACUCUCCCGACGUCCGUGGUGCCUUAGUGGAAAGUCAAGAGUUCUUUGCUGGGAUUGUGCUAAGACCAGAGGUGAGCAGUAUAUCUGAGGACGGGCAGCUGUAUGAGCUGGAAAUUGAGAGCACAGUUCCUGUACCAUGUAUAGAAGAUUCCUCCUCAUCUGCACAGCAAUGCGCUCUGUCUCUGCAGCUAAGCACAAGCAAUAACGAUGACGGUUUAUUGGGAGCUGAUCUGUCCCUGUCCUCCUGUGUGGUGAAUCUGUCCCAGGGCCCCUGCAGAGACGGGGUUUGUAGCCGCGCUCUGAUCCACUUCAGCCCCGUCACUGACUUUGUCAAAGAUGGAAACAGGACAACUCAGAUCUCCGUGAAAUCCAUCGUCACACCAAAUUUUCUCUGGAACGGGUACUCACCAGAACCCGUCGAGAUAACAGUGCGGGACGUCCCCUCAGCCUACUGCUACGCCUUUACUGAUCCUCACGUCAUCACAUUUGAUGGCAGGCGCUAUGACAACUACCAAGUUGGCACAUUUAUUCUCUAUAAGAGUGUUUUAAGGCCGUUUGAGGUCCACGUUCGUCAGUGGGAGUGCGGCAGCGUUGUGCACGCCGCCUCGUGUGUGUGCGGCUUCGUGGUGAGGGAUGGAGGUGAUGUCAUCGCUUUUGACAUGUGCAACGGAGAGAUGGGCGAAACCAAACCUCACCUGUCCGUAAAGAACAGAGACUUGGCAAUGAGUGGCAUCCGCAUCACCGAGUCCUACCAGGGACGCAAAGUCACGAUGACCUUCUCAUCUGGAGCGUUUGUCCGUGCGGAUGUCUCUGACUGGGGAAUGAGUCUGACACUGAGAGCUCCCAGUUCAGACCGGAGACACACUGAGGGCCUGUGUGGGACCUACGACGGACAGUCAGACAACGACUUCCACUCAGCAGGAGGCUCCACACUGGACAAUCUGCAUGCUUUUAUCUCUGAGUGGAGACUCCCUCCGGGCAACAGCCUGUUUGACACCGUGCCAUCUCACCUGAAUACACUGAGCGCCCGCAAGUACUGUAACUGUCAGGCAGAGCCCCGCCUCACGUCCCCCAGAGCACGACCUCAACCAGUCACCCCCUCCGACUCCACUUGCUCUCAUCAUGGCAACGUGCACCUCCCCAGUGUCAUCCCAACUCUGGACGUCACGGCUGAGUACAUCAGCUCGGUGGAGUUACUCAAAGGUGAUGGAAACGACCGACAGACGCUGCCUCCGGGUCACUCCAGAUUCAACAGCCAGGAUCGAGGUAGUGAUGAUCAGCUGCAUGAAAGAAACUUCUCCUUAAGAACCUCCAGGGAUGGAGCUUCAGCCUCAGCUCACAGAAACAGGCGGCAGACGCACCGUUACAUCUCUAACUCUCCACACCAGAGCCUCAGCCAAUCUGAUCUGGAGGGCUUCACCUACUUUUUCCCAGAAGACCAUGAAACACCAGUUCAAGCAGGCUCUUCCCUAACAUGGCCCACACCUUCGGGCCUGACGGAGCAGCAGGCCAGGACUCAGUGUCAGCAGACCGUGGCGGGCUCCAGUGUAGCGAUAGGCUGCAGGCGCCUGUUAGAAGAGUCCGUAAUAAACCACACAGAGGCAAUGUGUGUUACAGACAUGCAGUUGAAGGAUGAGCAGUCAUGGCUGAAUGCAACUUUACCGCUGCUGGAGAACGAGUGUGAGAGGAGGCUGAUGGAGGAGAAGAGGAGAGAGAGGGAAUACCAGGAUGUUGUGGCUGUCCUCAAGUGUCCAAAUCUGUGCAGCGGGAACGGCCAGUGCUCAGAGUGGGGUUGUGUCUGCUUCCCUGGAUUUGGGUCCUAUGACUGCAGUGCUCUGUCUGACCAGAUCCCAGAGAUCACCGAGCUGGAGAAGCAGGGUCUGUGUGACGUCCGACAGGGAGACUGCUCCACCGUCCAGGUCUUCGGUCAAGGCUUCAAGGACUCCUACGAGCUCAAGUGUGAGUUUGUUAAGGAAAAGUUUGAGGACGGGGAGUGGGUUUUGGACGAGCCCCAGUUUGUCCCAGCCACCUUCCUGGAUGUGACAGCUCUGGAGUGCCAGCUCCCCCUGGAGGACAGCCGGACUCCUGCAGGUCUGGACCUGGAGACGGUGACAAACAGACCACUGGCCCGCUGGCAGAUCAAAGUAUCCAACGAUGGCUACAGCUACAGUAACGCCAAGAUACUGACCCUGUAUGACGGAGCGUGUCAGAUCUGCAGCCUCAACACUGAAGUCCUCUGCACCCUGAGGGAGAAAACCUGCAGCAUUGACGGCCUGUGUUACAGUGAGGGGGAGUCCAAUCCCAGCAGCCCCUGCCUCACAUGUCGCCCGGACUCGUCCAAACACACAUGGUCCAUAGCGGAGAAGAAUGAGCCUCCGGUGCUCCAGUCGUUGCCAUUUCCUCUCCGCUCCUUCCAGGGGGAGAACUUCAUCUACCAGCUGCAGGCUCGGGACCCUGAGGGCUCAGCAGUGCUCUUCGCCCUGCAGUCAGGUCCUGAAGGUGCAUCUUUGUCUCCGGCCGGCCUGCUGAUGUGGGAGGCCACCGCUGAAACGACAGACACGCACACUUUCCAAUUCACUAUGAUGGACGACUGCGAUGCUCAGACCGCUUCUUCCAUACAGGUGUCUGUACGUUCCUGUGAGUGUCUGAAUGGAGCUUCCUGUGUGACCAACAUGAACCUUCCUGCCGGCAGCGGCGAGUACCUGUGUGUGUGUCCCGAUGGAUUUAAAGGUGGGAGGUGUGAGGUCGACAUCGAUGACUGUAAACCCAACCCCUGCAGACUGGGACGCUGCAUCGACGGCCCCAACUCCUUCUCCUGCAUCUGCCCACCUGGAAUGACAGGCCGCACAUGUAGAGAAGAUCUUGAUGAAUGCGUCUCUCAGCCUUGUUUUCCCGGUGUUGGCUGUAACAACACACAGGGCUCCUUCAUCUGUGGACUCUGUCCACAAGGAUACAGCGGUGACGGCAAAAUCUGCACACGAGACCAAGACUCUCCUGUCAAACCAGUGGCCACGCCAGCCAGAGUACCGCAGGUUUCUCUGAGGCCCAAACCGCAGAGCGUGUCGCUGUGCUCCAGGCGGCCGUGUCACCCGGGAGUUCAGUGUUUCGAGAGCACCCACGUCUCAGCGGGCUUCGUCUGUGGACCCUGUCCUCCCGGUCUCCAUGGAAAUGGACGAACAUGCACAGCAACAGGUCAGGCGACAGUUGCUGGUGGAGCAGACGGCCAUAUUCACAUCAACAAAUCAAAUUCCAGCAAGGAAAUGAAUCCCACCUCCUCCUCCUCCUCCUCUUCAUCUCCCACCUCACCCAGACGACCCCCCGACAGGAGGAGACCCGACGCCACCAUCUCCAGUAUCAGAAGAGUUUCUUCUCAUGACAGAAAGACGACAGCAACGCCGCAGAAUCAGACUGCCACCAGAGUGUUUUCCCCCACCGUCCACAGAGGGCAGAUCAGCGGGGCGGAGCUGGAUCCCGACCUCAACAUCGGGGUCAGACGGGGGUCAGCAUUUCAUCACAUGACCUGCGCUGACUCUCCCUGUUUCCCCGGUGUUCCCUGUGAGCCCACCGUCACCGGCUCCUUCAGCUGUGGACGCUGCCCAUACGGAUACACCGGAGACGGAGUCACAUGUAAAGCUGUGUGCAGGUAUCAGUGUGGGAGGAACAUGGAGUGCUCUCUGCCCAACACCUGCACCUGCAGGGAAGGCUACACCGGAUACAGCUGUCAUAUCGCCGUGUGUCGACCUGACUGCAAGAACCAGGGCAAGUGCGUGAAACCCAACGUGUGUGAAUGUUCUGUGGGCUACAGAGGGCCCACCUGUGAGGAAGCGAGCUGCGAGCCGCCUUGUCAGCACGGAGGCACCUGUCUGGCCAGAAACCUGUGUACCUGCCCGUACGGCUACGUGGGACCCAGAUGUGAAAUCAUGGUGUGUAACAGGCACUGUGAAAAUGGAGGCGAGUGUGUUUCUCCUGAUGUCUGCAAAUGCAAACCCGGCUGGUACGGACCAACAUGUAACUCAGCGCUGUGUAACCCCGUCUGUCUGAAUGGAGGAACCUGCAUCAAACCCAACAUCUGCGCCUGUCCAAGCGGCUUCUACGGCUCUCAGUGUCAAAUCGCUGUGUGCAGUCCUCCCUGUAAGAACGGAGGUCAGUGUAUGAGGAACAACGUGUGCUCCUGUCCUGAAGGCUACACAGGAAAAAGGUGUCAAAAGAGUGUGUGUGAGCCGAUGUGCAUGAACAAAGGAAAGUGUGUGGGACCCAACACGUGCUCCUGUGCGUCAGGGUGGAGAGGGAAGAGGUGCAACAUACCUGUCUGUCUGCAAAAGUGUAAAAAUGGUGGCGAGUGUUUGGGACCGAACACAUGCCACUGUCCCGCCGGCUGGGAGGGUCUCCAGUGUCAAAUACCGGUGUGUAAACAGCGGUGCCUGAACGGAGGGAGGUGUGUCCUUCCUGACUACUGCCACUGUCGGAAAGGCUACAAGGGCCUCACCUGCGCACUAAAGGCGUCACAAGCAUGAUGGAAAAAAGAAAUGAAAGAAAUUGGAUGAAAGAAGCUACAAAAUGCACAAAGCAAGAAGAGAGCAUCACAAAUUGGUGUGUGUGUGCGUGUGUGUGUGUGUGCGUGUGUGUGUAUGAGUGUGCUGAUGGAUAUGUGUGGCUCUGUGCACAUUUGAAGGCUAACAGGGAGACUUGAUGAAUUGCACUUGUUGGUCCCUGUUUAUCACUACCUCAAGGCUCACAGUGGCACACAUCUGUUAAAGGCAUCAGCAGAGAGACUUUCCACAGAUGGGUGAGUGUUGCUGCACAGUGUUAUGUAAAAUAAGUCAAUGACCAGAUGAAGGUUGUUACCAGCAAGCUUUUAGUUUUAGAUUUUUCACAGUUUAGCCAAAUUAUAGCUUUUUAUCAAACUGAUGUGCACUGCUUGUUUCUUAGGAGUCUGCUUUUUGAGUUAUGAUUAAUUCAGUUGGAACACAUCAGUAACUUGUUUUAGACUGAAGACAUCGAUAUGAAUAUGCUGCCAUUUAACAAAAAUGUGUUUAUUUUUCUUUAUUGCUUUCAUUAAUAUAUUGUUUGACUGGAUAAUGACCACCUGUUGGAGUUAUAUAUAGGGUUUGUUUUCUAAAAAAAAUAAAUAAAUA